CAGAAAUUCACAGCUUCGUUCACUCCCCUCGUAAUAGAACCCUCCUGACUCGGCCGUGACCCGGUGAGUUCGAAAUGGCUAAGAGACGCGAAGGGCGAGUGCCGUCGAAUUCGGAUCGGCGUGAAGACCGAGUCGAAGCGUCGAAGCGGGCAAUCCGACGCGGUGGCGACUCAGCUUCGAGCCCCAAAAUCAACAUCGUCCUCUUCCUCUUCGUCGUCAUAGCUCCUGCCAUUGCCGUAUUAGUAUACCGUAUAAGGUACGCUCCGCGUACGAAUCGCGCUCUCUCCUCGUAUGUACACCAGCAAGGCCUCGUCAAAGCUGAUGUGAAUUACCAAGAGAUCCUCACUGAGAAUUCCAAGGUGUCCAAGAACAUGUCUCAGCGGCAUUAUACAUAUCCUGUACUGGCCUACAUAACUCCCUGGAAUAACAAAGGCUAUGAUCUGGCAAAAAGUUUCAACUCCAAGUUCACGCAUUUAUCACCUGUCUGGUAUGAUCUGAGGAGCCAGGGGACCAAUUUGGUUCUGGAGGGGAGACAUAAUGCUGAUAUAGGAUGGAUCACAGAGCUUAGAAUGAAAGGAGAUGCUUGGGUGAUUCCUAGAGUUGUUCUGGAAGCCAUUCCUAAGGAGUUGCUUCGAAAGAAAAAGCAGAGGGAUAAAGCAAUUGAAAUGAUAAUAACAGAGUGCAAGGAAAUGGAUUAUGAUGGUAUAGUGCUAGAAUCUUGGUCGAGGUGGGCAGCCUAUGGUAUCUUGCAUGAUCCAGAGAUGAGGAACAUGGCUUUGCAGUUCAUAAAACAGCUUGGACAAGCGCUGCAUUCUGUGAGCUCAGAGAAGAAUGGUAAACAAGGUUUGCAGCUGAUUUAUGUUAUAGGUCCAACACGCUCAGAGAAGCUUCAAGAGCAUGAUUUUGGGCCAGCAGAUCUUCGGAGUUUGAGUGAUUAUGUAGAUGGAUUUUCCCUUAUGACUUAUGACUUCUCAGGUCCUCAUAAUCCUGGGCCGAAUGCACCUUUGAAGUGGAUUCAUUCCACCCUGCAGCUUCUCCUUGGCAGUGUGGGUAAAAGUGAUCAGAACCUGGCACGGAAGAUACUUCUUGGCAUUAAUUUCUAUGGGAAUGAUUUUGCCCUUUCGAAAGGAACUGCAGGUGGAGGUGGUGGAGCAAUCACAGGAAGGGAUUAUCUAGCCUUAUUGGACAAGCACAAGCCGGUAUUGCAGUGGGAGAAGAACAGUGGGGAGCAUUUGUUCUUUUAUUCGGAUGAUCACCAUGCCAAGCAUGCAGUGUUCUACCCAUCACUAAUGUCGAUUUUUCUCAGGCUAGAGGAAGCUCGUUCAUGGGGUGUUGGCAUCUCAAUCUGGGAAAUCGGCCAAGGUUUGGAUUACUUUUUUGAUCUUCUGUGAAGAUUACAUCUCUUCUCUUCUGGGUCAUGUAUUAUAAUUCUGUUUAUUCGUUCUUAGCUCUUUAAGUUGUAGCAGAGUUUUGACAUGCAGCUUCUUAGGUUGUGCUGCAGUUGCUUCCAGGCAAGGUCCUUUCCAUAAAAAAUAAAAAUUAAAAAUUAAAAAAUUAAAAAAGAAUCUACUUAAAACUUU